AGACGAUGACGGCGUUUCGCGCCUCCAGACGAAAAUAAACCCGACUUUGUCGUCCCUUCCGAGAGUAUGGGAAAAAUCAGCCUCGGCAUGGGCAGCAAGAAAGUUCACAGUGCGAGCUGUUCCAGGCAUCUGACUGAUGAGCAACAUAUCCGGGAGCACAUGGCAACUCACUACAACAGAAUCCUCUGUGCUAAAGCUUCAGUGGAUUGUUCUGUACCAAAAAGCAUGCUGUCUUGUGUUAAGUACCGUGAUCAGUUGCGAAGGAAUAAACCACAACCUGAGGUUGCAAGGUAUGAAAAGGGGUACAAUUCCUCAAGGUCAGACUCUCAGUCAAGCUGUGGGUACGAUGAAGGGCCAACAGAGAUUUCCCAGAAUCCUUCCAUACUGCUACGCAAUGAGCCAUCCACAGAUUUAGAAAAUUAUGUGCAUUCAGCCCGGUCCUUUGCUUCUUCGAAAGAGAAGUAUUCAGUAUUGCCCUCCACUUCCAACAUUGGUAAAGAAACCAUUGAGAAAAUCUCCAGUAGGGCCUACUCUGACCUGAAUGACGGAAUCUCGGCAUCCCAACGACAGCGUCAUGGCAUUUCUUUUGAUUCAUCAUCGACGAAUGCCAACAGCCAGCAUUGCUACAGACCAUUUCAGGAUCCCCACCAAAAAACCUACAGCGGUGAUGUUUUAGAGAAACAUGCUCACCAUUUCACAGAUGGGCAUCAACCGUUUACUCCACGUAUUCUGAAAAAUGAAGCACAGUCCUUUCUGUCCCAGUACAGGUUUUACACUCCUGUACAGAAGAAACAGAAGUCAAGAAAGAUACUGAUAGAGCAAGAAACGCAGACUGAUUUUGACAGCUUUCAAGAUGUAUAUUCACAGGAGAAGAGGAAUUAUUCACAGUUGGCACCACAGCAGGAUUCUCAAAAUGGGCAGAUGUGGUCUGCAGAAGAACUGGAGGACAGGAAGGUUUUUGCUCACCAUUUGCACAGCAAAAGGCAGAAAGAUAGUUUUGAGCACAGUGCAGAUAACUACUCUACAUCGGUGUUAUCCUUACCAAAAAGAAUGAAGUCACCAAUUAUGAGAAAGAUUCGAGCAGAGUAAGUGGGGUAUGAUCUUAGAAUUUGUUGUAAAGUUAAUCUUGUUCUCCAGAAAACCCAAAAGGUAGUAGAUAAUGUUAGUGGGAAAUCUGGAGCAUUUAUAAAUAGCCAAAAGGGGAAUUAGUGGCUGAUGUGUAUUGUAUGAGUUUUUUUAAUAAAAUGUUUGAAUUAAA